CUACCAGCAGCAGGGGCAGGAAAGGAGCCUGUAGUCUGGAGUCCACCGUAGAGACAGAAGAAGAAACCGUCGUCGUUGUUUUGCUCGGCUGCUUUCGCUGCAGAUUGAAUGAAGAGAAAAGACUGGGGCGUUUUUUUAUUGUUGAAUAACGAGAUCAGUGACCAUGACAACCAAGCGCGGACUGAUAACUGAUUCAUUCAAGGUGGUGAAGAAAGCAAAGAAGGAGGGGAAACGAGAGAAGAGGCCUCCUCCUCCGCCGCCGCCACAGCAAGGAGCUGAAAGUGAACCAGAGGAGAGGCUCCAGAGGCUCAGACAGUUCGAUCUGGACUGGAGAUUCGGGCCCUGCACGGGAAUCAGCAGGCUGCAGCGAUGGGAGCGAGCACAACUUCAUGGUCUGAAUCCACCUGAGGAGGUCAGAGACCUGCUGCUGCAAACACACACGGACUCCAAGUACAACUUUAGCCUGUGGAGGGAAUAUCCGUUGUGAGGAGGAAGACAUAAAGAGAGAAAAAGAACGCACACUCCAAAAAAAUCACAAGAAGUUUCCCUUCUGAAAAAUAUGCAAACCUCGCGUAGAGCCGCAGAGGACCAACAGAAUAAUGUUUUUUACAGUGUGCUAAGUCGUCUCCUACAAGACAAAGUUUGUAACAUUUUAAAUAAAAUCUUUCAAAAUGUG